AUGUUUAAAAAUCAACAAAGUUCUCCCAACAACAAACAAAAUAGCAUUGGUCCUACCAAACAGUCAAUAGGGGCGACUAAAGUACGGGCACAUGUUGCGCAUACUAUGCUUCAAGUUGGCAUACCCCCGCCACCCCUUACUAAGGACAAGCCAUGCCUGGAUCGUUGCCUGAGAACACGGUACUUGCCCACUCAAAUCCCCUUUUCCGCCUUACCCUGCUCAGCGUACCUCAGCGCCGAGGACGUCAAGCAGAUUGCGGAAGUAUUCAAAUCAUUUAGUGUAUUGCCUGAUACUUUGCGUUUCAAUAUGAACAGGCGCAAAGUGACUAAUUUCAGUUCUUUCCAACGCGAGCAUUUGGUUGAUUCGUUCACCCCAACAAAUGAUAUUGUGAAGAACACUGGGAUCUCUGAGGUAGCGGUUCAUUUGGAGCAACGAUCUGGCGGCGGACCACUUCAAUCCACGAAUAGAGGUGGCAUGAUAGCGGAGAGUCUUGGAAUGGAGUAUCCACUAAAAGGAACCAUGCCCGAUGACCUUGCUAUUAGCAAAGAGUGGCUUGUGGAAUUAUUGCUUGCGUCCAUGGCUCGUAACUAUAGCAAUGAGCAGAUAAAAUACUUUUCAAUAAAUCGUAACUGCAACGUCGCGUCAAACACUGGGACCGUUGGACAUCCAUUUCAUCACAGCGGGAAGUUUGAUUCGGGCUGUUUGAAUAAUUUGCAAGAAUCAUCGCACUUGAUGCCCAUUGGUAUGACCCAAGGGGAUAGUUCUCUAUUCGGAAUGACUGCGCCGAAGGACAUCUCUUCGUCUCUUGUUUUUCACAAAUUUCGUCGCUUUCAACAAAAACAGACCGUAUUGACUCAGUUUAGACGCGAUUUGCUUCGCUGGAUCGAACCGCUCCAGUUGAUAAUAGACCCAGAUCAUAACCAUGGAAUCAAUGAGCGCUGCAAAGAUCAGGUGGACAAGCUUCGCUUUUUUCAUUAUUUGAUGCGAAUUCACCAGAUUAAGGUGGAUGAUUCUGUGGGCUUGUUGAGUACCACGUCCACUGUCCCCCACGUCAUGACGGCAAGUAAGGGCGUUUUAGCGAAGUUAAGGAAGCAGGAGGGUAGGAACGGAAAGGCUUCCACCAAACCCUCAGUAUCUACGCGAACAUCUGACCCCAUCUAUAUGGGUACCAAUAAAUCUCUGACUUCUUUACAUGAAACCUUUGUUUCAAACCGUUUGGCUUCAAAGAGAUUGGGUGCCGAUGCUGCUCUGCUGAACAGUUCAUCAGACACGAAUAGUCUCAGCCGAAGGUCAAGUGCAGAGACAUUAGAGGGGUCUGAGAGCUCGUCCAAGUUAUCGAUUACCGGUCCUUUGAAUGGGAUCAGUAACACUAGCAACAUCAUUACAAAGGACACAAAUGACCACACCAACUCCACUUCUGGAGAGUUGGACUUUUCCCAUGCAAGUAAUGAUUUUUCUGCCGCUCAAACGACAAGGGAGACGAAUGUGCCGAUUUUUCUGCCAGAUGAUGAUUCUAUUAAGCAUGAAAAUUCUGCUCAGUUGAUUUACUAUGGCGAACAGCCCGACGGCUCGAUGUCGCAAACCUUUAAAAACAUCCUCGCAACUAGUAAAUUUUGGGAGCAGUUUCUGUUGGAAUGGGAGCGCAAUGCUGAAUUAGCCAGUGCUUUAAGUGAGAGCACCAAUUGUAGCUCUAACGGGGCACCAUUACGGCGAAAUAAUAACUGCAAACGAGCGGUGGUGUGUUGGCGUGAUUUCAGCAAUAAUUUAAUCUUGCCGGCAGACUGCUUACCCGCCAAUGCUCUCACGAAUGCCGAUGCCUUUCCUAUGGACGAAAAAAACAUAAACAAUAUAGGAAAUGACUUCUCAUCUAGGUACUUUUGCAAUGACGACACGACUGGCAACGUCCGAGGGGAUGCUGUCUACAAACGUGUUUUGAGAGUGAGACUUGAGAAUAGGACUCAUGGCGCGGGUGGAUAUCAUGAUCGCCGACACCGCUUCUUAGCUGGAGACAAUAACCGAUCCAACGAGGAUAAUGACUUCACACAGGAGAGAGAUUUGAAAAUGGACAUGAUGCAUUUGGGCAACGCACAGCAGCGCCGUCGCAACGUUCGUGUCUUUAACGGCGCCGCUGACCCCGGUAGGGGAUUUAUCGCCGCGGCAAAUUCGAUUAAAGGCGUUGCCAGCGCCGCCGCGGCGGAGUCGGAUACCCUCGCCGAGGAGCUUAAAGCCCUGCACAUGCAGUCGGCUGACCAUGUGCUCGUCUCCACCGUGCACCACCGACUCAUAACCAGUUCUAAGGAUGGGCUGCUGAAACUCUGGGACAGCGACUGGGGGAAUUUUGUCGGCAACUUGCUCAAUGUUGGUACGUCGUGGGUGCUACACAUGCAGUUCCUCCAUAAUGAGCUGUACCUCUUUAUUGCCACCUCAAACGCGGAGCUGACGGUGCUGGGGUUCCCUUCGGGCGCUGUACUGCAAAAAUACCGCGGCUGUACUACGCUAGUAACGGCCCUUAGCACUGUUGUGCAACCUGACUUAAACGGCACGAAGCGUUUUGGUUUGAAGCUAGGCGAGUGCGGCCCGCAUCGAUUUGCAUAUCGUAGCGGGAUGCCUGCAAAAGUUUUUAACAACAGACUGAAGGAUUCACGGCAGGUAAUAUCUGAAACCAGACUCAACGCCAUCCCCAUUGAGGGCUUUGUGGGUCCUACAGCUGUUUUCUUGGAUCCUAUAACCUUAGUUUGUGUCUUUGGUACAGCCGAUGGCACAAUUGGUGGCUUUGAUCUUUCUCAAUAUCUUAAGAGUUCAAGUAUAUUGACCUCGAUGAAUUUGAAUGAACCAAUACCCUUUUUUGACAAAGUGCAAGCCCAUGAGCCGAACACACCGGUUAUGGGCCUCUGCUAUAACGAUUCUUUUCAGUAUGUGGUGUCUUGUGGGCGGGAUGGUAGCGUGUCUCACAUUCCGCUUAAUUCAGUUUUAAACAUAGAAAGUUCCUCAAACAUCAGCCGUACCUUCCAACGACAAAUAGACACCACCUCUUCGCACUAUUUUUUUGGCGAUGCAACGUCUAGCAUCAGUUCAACUCGUCAUACACAACUUGCGGCGUUCUGCCUUCCGGCGCGUCUAGUUGCCACUGUACACAGUGAUCGACGCGUUUUAUUAUGGAGCAUGGGCCGCAAUACCGUUGACUUGGUUCAUCGACUUUCACAAGAGACAUAUGAUAUUGUCAGUUUGUCUUUUAUGCCAAAAGACCACCUUAUUGCGGUGCUUACGGCGGAUUUGGUCAUUUCUAUUUAUGACUUUAAAGGUUUCCGUCCCCUAAGUGUUAUACAUGUAGCGAAGUGCAACGAAUGCAACAUCGAAGAUUUAUCAUUCAUGACCCUACGGUGCCCUCAGGAUGACGCAGAUGGCUGUGUGGCGUUCUUUCCUGGGACAAAGGGACGACUAGUCUGUGCUUUACGUGGCCCUGUGCUUUUUGAUCGCUCUGAAAACAGCUCGCUUGAGGACCCUUCUGGGGAGAGCAAACCAAGGGCUUUACCUACUUCUCCAAAAUCAGAAGAACCAAAACUCAACCCAAAAACCUCGAUUCUGGGGAAGCCACAGUCACCCACAACGCUUCCCACGCCUUUAGUUCACUCUAAAAAGACUGAUACGCAAGAGAAAUCUCGCAAGAAUAUCACACAUCAGGGUGCAAUUGUGGAUAUCUUACUGCGGCGUGUUCGCCUGAGUUCCUCUCCCACAGGUACGGAGGGUAGUGCUUGUGAUAAUGAUACUAGUCCAGGCCGGUUCGAGCUGCAUACAUUUAGUGCUGAUUGGUGGAGAGUGUGGGAUCCACUGAAGGGUGAGUUACUGCGAGAGGUCAACCUAUGCACCGAAAUUCGUAAGCAGUUACCGAUGUUUAAUCGUCCCCUUAUGACGGUUUGUGAAUGGGGCACUGAUGCUUGCACGCGCAUUAUCGCCGGCUCUCGUGGAGGGCAGGUGAUCACACUUGAUGCUUCCACUGGUGUUGUGAACAACGUCGAGGAGGUACUCGUCGCGCAGCGUUCUUUGACUGACAGUAAAAGGUUUGUGGAUCGAUUCCAUAAUACCCAAACUAGCCGUCGCGUAUUAAAUAAAAAGUCCCCAUCAUCUAUACCCAACGUUGCGUAUACGUCUCCUCCGACAGAGGCACUUGACACCGAUAAGCGAACUUCAGCCCAUCAACCGAUUUACGAUCCGGGCAAUUUAUUCAACUUGGACGCAACUGUGGUUUAUCACUACGGGAUGCACAUGCUAGUGUGCGGCAGUAACCGAUGUGUUUUGCGGCGGUACUUCACCAACGAUGUCAAUCCUAGCGGGGAGGAGCAGUUCAUUGCAAUGAACUUCCACCUCCCAGCGACGGCACGCACCACAAUCACCGCUUGCUGCAUCGUCCGCGAUACACACAUUUGCCUUGGUACUAUGGACACUCGUUUAUUUUUUUAUCGUAUGAUAGACGGUAGCGAGCCGUACGCCGAGGAGCCUCUUCGUAGUGAUAUAGAUAUGGAUGACGACAUUUCUAAUAGCGAACCGGAAAUCGGCGCCGUGAUUGGACUUUUCUUUCUUAAUAGUUCAAACCAAAAUCUGUUUGUCAUAGUUCUUGAUACGGGCGUAAUGCACGUGUACUCAUACCUGACUAACCGAAGCGUAGCGCGUUUUCGUCUCCACCCUGCUCACGAAUGCCGCAUUCGAAAGGUUAUUUAUCACAAUAGUGACGCCCAAUUUCUAAUAUGUGGCGAUUCUCUUGGCCGUGUACGUGUAUUGGAUAUUUCGGCAUUCAAGUCCGGCACAAAUGAUUUUCGCUCCGCCAUGAAGGAGCGGUUUGUGUUCCAAGGGGCGCCAGAGGAAGUUUCCUCUCUUGCCUUCUUCAGCCUGCCUACGACUUUACCAUCGACAAAGUUCCAGGAGCAACCGUCCAAGCGUAGAAGCUUAUCGUGUGCCAUGGCCUGGAACGACAAGGGUCAUCGAAGAUCAACAUCGGAAGGCGGCUUGACCAUUUCUUCAGCUAAGGAGGGGGACCCAAUCGUUUCAGAGAAUUCUCAGGUCUUGACGGAAAUGGUUACAUAUCACCCUGGAUCUUCUACUAACUCGCCUUUUACUAAGCCCGUUAAAGUUGACAAUCAUACCUUUGGAAGUGUCAAUCAGGAUGGUUUAGUGGUGGUAGGAGCAGGGGAUGGAAAUGUGCGCCUUUUUUUGUUGCAGAAAAAAUAUGAACGCACGAGAUCCCUUGGGCGAUCCUCGAUCCGGACAUCGAGUCCGCUUGAUGUAGGCUAUUUUGGGGCGCGGGGGUCAUCUUAUGCCCGCCAUUCGUUUGCGAAUAAUGGUAGUAAUGAGUCGAACACAAUUCCUGUGUCGGUUUCUUUGCUUACAAAUGCGCCACCAAUCCGCGACCAUGAAAGUUUCAGCUCGCGAAGACGCCAUCAUUCGAUUAUCAAUAUAUCGCAUGUCGGGACUUUUGGUCUAGGUAAGUGGAACGCGAUGAAUCCAUUAACCUUUCAGUGUGAUUCUGCGUCUUGUAAGACAGGUGAAGGUGGAACGAUACUAAUUUCGUCGAGAUGUUCGCGAUCCUCAUCUUUGGUAGUUCCCGAAGGGCAGGAUGAGGGGUUUCUGGACGACUUACUGCUGCAGGCCAAGAAGAAUGUCGAGUUAAACAGCCAUGCGGUGCCUCAGGCAUCGCAAAAUGCCUUAUCUAUCGAGAAUCGAACGCCUGGUUCAUUUCAUGUGUCUAAGAAGAAUGCGUUUGAUAAUAAGAAGAGGGUUGGUAAAGCAAAAAAGAUGGGCUUCAAGUUUGCUUCAUUCCGGAAGCAUCAGAGGAAGAGGGGUAAAAAUAUGGCGGCAACCUCGUCAAUUCCUCAGCGAGCGCAACAGGAGCAGUAUCAACACAGGGAUUUUCGUCGGCGUGCCGCAUCACAGCGUGAGAUGAAACUCUUAGAGUCAAUUUUACCACGCAGGUAUGUUGCAAUCAGUUUUCUUGCGUCUGUGGUAGUUGAUGAUUUGCCUACAGGGAUAGUUCACACGAAGGAUAAACUACUCCAUAGGUCACUUAUGUUAAAUGGUGAUUCUAUGGACUGGUUUCUGUGCACGUUAAGAACUCGACGAAGGACGGGGAAGAAGUAUGAGCGUAAUGCAUUGCUCAAGAUGUAUCCAGUUUCUCUGCUUCGCAAGAUUGAAGUGAUUCCUAAUACUUGUAAGAUACCGGACUAUCAUGAGGACGGAAGCCCAAGAAUAAUUCAAUCGAAAAACGCUUUCAGUCGUCGUUGGGAUCUUUUGUCCCUUAAUUGUGGGGAUUCUAACAAAGAUAUUGAUAUAUACGGCACUUCUUUGAAUUCUGAAAGAAUACUCAGUAAAGAUUCUUUCUCUGAGUCCAUCAAAAUGACUACUGUGGAUACAAGUCAAGAUUCUAGUAUAGAGGAGGCUAAAAGAAAUAGGUACCCUACUUUAGUGGACGCAAUCUCUUCUGGAAACAACAAUGAGUCAACUUCGUUGAUGCAGGAUAAAACCAUCCUCGAGCCCAGUGAUGGGGGUCAUUCAUCAUUUAUUACUGACUUGAAUAACAUCACGUCCUUCAAAAUGGUAGAAUUAAUAAAGACAGAUGACUCUUCUAAUUUUAUGACAGACUUACCCACAUUGUGUCCUACAAACGCUUUCACCGUCGUACCAGAGGAGGGACAAUCUAGAUAUUCUCAAUUAAACGAACGUGAUGUUGCGCUUAGUCCGUUUGACACUCAACCUACAGCUCCUACUCUGGUUCUGCAUGACCCUGUAGAAGCAUCUGUGAUACCCAAUGAUUUCAUCUUACCCUCUUCUCCACUAUAUAAAUCCAUGAAUAGUGGUACUUUGAGCGGAAGGACUUUGCAGCACCGCGAAUCGGGCAUAUCGGAAAGGUGCAACCUUGACAAACGUACUAGCAAUAUGAAUAAGCCUGUGUUUGUCGGUGGCAGAGCAUUAUCUAUUGUUGAAAACCUCACAACUUCAGUUUCCUCCUUAGCGGAGAAUGUGCUACAUAGUCCUAAAUCCAUUAAUUUCAAUGACAGCAGUUCUUCCUUUGUAAAGUAUGGAACCAAGGACGAUACGCACAACAACAACGCGUUGCGAGACCAGAUUCAAACCGCACUCAGCGAUUUGUCUGCGUCCGCGGUGGAGCAGCGUUAUGAGCAGACCAUUUUGGCGCAUCUUGCUCACCAACUUGACCGUGUGCGACCAUCUGGUCAUGCACCAGGUGUUUUUACGAAUCGCGUAAAGCAAAUUUGGCAGCAGCGGGCCAUUGAAGACGCAUCACAGGCGAUGAUACUGAGUAUUACUAAUCCCACUUUGCGAAGCCGUGUGGGUAGUCCUCAAGUACCCGCAUGUUCCACGGCAAGAAAAAAUAGGUUUUCACCUGCGACGAGUAGUAAAAUUAAAGGCUCUCCUAAAAAAGAGGUUAAGCAACAAUGCUAUUCUGGGUUGUUUUCUGUUCCUAAUCAUGCAAUGGCUCAGAAAGACCCUGGUAUUGGUUUAAAUCUUGCUAUUUUAACUCUUCCAACUGACAAGAAGAGUUCGAUUGUUUCUGGGAGAGUGAGGAACGGCACAGCUGCUUCUGUGUCUGCGGCAGCAAAAGACAGUAAAAAGAAUUUUGAUAAGGCCUCAGUAAUACCGGCUCAUGAGCGGGUGUACCAAAAGCUGAGAUCCUGGAGGCAUAACCGGGAGCAAGAAGUGGCUGAAAGGCGUCGUGUUAUUGAAUACCUUAGUGGGCUGACAAGUAACAGUAAGGCGUCCAAACAUUUCUCUUCCAUGCCGAAUCGAUUGACUUAUCUGCCACUGCUUUAUGCGCAACAGACUCUUGAACCUGUGAAUGUGCCAGCACCAUCUGUAAUACCUCGAUCUAGUGAAGACGUGAAGUACCCCUAG